GCCAAUAUUGGUGCUAUAUAAAUAAAUAAAUAAAUAAUAAUAAAAGAAAAAAAAAUGAAACGAUGAUCUUGUUAUUAUAGUUACAAUGCGAUUGGUGGUAGAACGAGAGAGGCAGCAUCCAUGAUUUUCAUCUGCCAUUUGCAUUUGGGCAAGAACUAAAAAGAAAAAGAGACUCCCAAAGCCAAUAUUGGUGCUAUAUCAUCCGUCUCCCUUCCGAUUUCCUCGCAUUUCCUGCCCUUCCUAACAAAACAAAACUUCUCCGCAUCUCUCUCAAACGAUCCUACUCUUCUUCUCUCAGGUUUUUACAUCUCUUUUCUUUUUUCUUCAUUUUUUUUCUUUGCCGGCCAUUUCGCUAUGAUUUCGUUUCCAGUGCAUUGAUUCGUGCCUUGCUCAUUUCCCGAGAUGAUAACCCUCUAUCUUCCAUUUUUUAAUUUUUUCUUUAAAUUGAGAACUAGGGUUUUCAGGGCUGUGUUAGUGAUAAAUGCUACAAGUAGUAUCAUUUUUUUGUUAUUUUUGUUUUGUCAGUGUGUGUUUUUGGCAUUAUAUUGAAUAGAGGGGAUGCGUGGGAGCUGAGUUGAGUUGUUUCUAUCUGAGAUCUAUCAACGUUCCAUUCAAUUUCGUCGACAGAGCUAUUCCUUUUCCUUUUCUCAUUGAUUUAGUGACAUUAUAGAUUUUCUGGGGCCUGUUUUGAAUGUGCUGCCUCUAAUUGAAUCGACGAUUGCCGUCUUUGUCUUCUCUUCAUUUGUUUUUUAAGCAGCAUUGUGUUUAUGUCUGAAUCGAAGAGUAAUUAGCAAAGUGGAAACAUGAGAAUUUUGGUACAAAUUCACCUUGCUUGUUGUUUGAUUUCGCCGGGGACGGGAACAUAGAUAAAACAAGGCAGAGUUAGUUGCCUUAUACUAGUACUAGUAUAUUAUAAUACUAAUACGGUGACAUUGGAGAAUUUAUGAUUUCAGGGCACCCUCUACUGCCUUCAUCUGAGUCUUCCUCUGUGGUGGUGCAUCGCCGUGGUACUCCUAGUCGCAACGUGCCCUCCUCUCGCUACCUCUGCCACAAUGUGCCUUUCUGUUCUUCCACGUACGAGGAGACUCAGACCAACUUUUUUGAGUUAAAAGACCAACAACAAGAGGAACAGGAAGAAACUGCUGUCUCUGCUGGAGCUAACCGUUCUCCUUUGAAACCUCUUACCUCUCUUGCACGUUCCCUUUCUGUUGUCACCUCAAAACAUUUGUAUUCUGCUGACUCUCGUUCCUCUCAGCAGCACUCAUUGGAAUGCCCCACGAAGGAUCGGGGAAGCCGGGUAUUGUGGGGUUCCAUGGAGCUGCGUAGCGAUAGUAACACUUGUACAAGCUUUGAUAUUUCUAGGGGUUCAUCUGUGGUGCAAGAUAAGUUGAGUAAGCUCUGGAGAGUUCACAACAAGAGCGUGGAUUUUGAUGAUAAUCUGUUAUAUACAGAAAAUUCAAGGUUGAUCUACAUUAAUAAUCAAAGGAAAACGAAUGACAAGUACGAGUUCACUGGGAAUGAGAUUCGGACAAGCAAGUACACACUCAUCACUUUCUUGCCUAAGAAUCUUUUCAUUCAGUUUCACCGAGUGGCCUAUUUGUAUUUCCUGGCUAUUGCAGCACUUAAUCAACUUCCACCUCUAGCAGUCUUUGGGAGAACCGUGUCUCUUUUCCCACUCUUGUUUGUGCUUUGUGUCACAGCAAUUAAAAAUGGUUAUGAGGAUUGGCGAAGACACAGGUCAGACCGGAAUGAGAACAACCGAGAGGCACUAGUUCUCCAUUUGGGGGAGUUCCAAAUGAAGAAAUGGAAAAAGAUAAGAGCCGGGGAAGUUGUCAAGAUCCAUGCUGACUAGACAAUUCCUUGUGACCUGGUUUUGUUAGGGACAAGUGACCCUCGUGGACUUGCCUACAUCCAGACCAUGAAUUUGGAUGGUGAAUCCAACCUGAAGACAAGAUAUGCUAGGCAGGAAACAACAGCUUCAGUAUUGGAAGGUUUUAAUGUAUCGGGACUGAUCAGAUGUGAGCAGCCUAACAGGAAUGUUUAUGACUUCACAGCCAACAUGGAGUUCAAUGGACAAAAAUUUCCCCUCAGCCAAUCAAACAUUGUUUUGCGCGGUUGUCAGCUGAAGAACACUGAUUGGAUAAUAGGCGUGGUGGUUUAUGCCGGGCAGGAAACAAAAGCAAUGCUAAACAGUGCAGUAUCCCCUUCAAAGCGAAGCAGAUUGGAAAGCUACAUGAACAGGGAAACAUUAUGGUUGUCUAUUUUCCUUUUUAUCAUGUGUUCUGUUGUUGCCCUUGGGAUGGGUCUGUGGCUUCAUCGUCAUGAGGAAGAGCUUGAUACCUUGCCUUAUUACAGAAAAAGAUACCUAUCAAAAGGAAAGGAGGAUUUAAAAACAUACAGAUAUUAUGGGAUCCCUAUGGAAACUUUUAUCUCUUUUUUAAGUUCUAUUAUUGUCUUUCAGAUAAUGAUACCAAUCUCUCUUUAUAUUACAAUGGAGUUGGUUCGCUUGGGACAGUCUUAUUUUAUGAUCGAAGAUAAGCACAUGUAUGACAGCAGCUCUGGCUCAAGGUUUCAGUGCAGAUCAUUGAACAUAAAUGACGACUUGGGUCAAGUACAAUAUAUCUUUUCAGACAAAACAGGGACACUUACUGAAAACAAAAUGGAAUUCCGAAAAGCAAGUGUCUAUGGUAAAAAUUAUGAGAGCUCUGAUCUUACAUACGACUCAAUACAGGAUCAUAACACCAGAGCUGUUAUUAGAAGCAGAUGGAAGCUUAAGUCUGAAAUUUUUGUUGAUUCUAAGCUUAUGGACUUGUUGCAUAAUGACUUGGCUGGAGAUGAAAAAUUGCUGCACAUGAGUUUUUCCUUACCCUGGCUGCAUUUAAUUCUAGGGAUACAAAUACUUAAUUCUAGAGAUACAAAUAUAAAUAUACAUAUUACAAGAUUACAACCAGCUGUAAAUAAGUGUUUUCCCACAGUGAUCCCAAUUGUUUCCCAAGAUACUUGUUCUUGCCGUGGAAGAAGUGAAUCAUUGGAAGAUGUGGAAGCUAUUGAUUAUCAGGGUGAAUCUCCUGAUGAGCAAGCACUAGUUUCUGCAGCCUCUGCUUAUGGAUACACACUCUUUGAGCGAACAUCAGGUCAUAUUGUGAUUGAUAUCAAUGGCAAUAAACUGAGGUUGGAUGUUUUGGGGUUGCAUGAGUUUGACAGUGUACGCAAGAGAAUGUCUGUUAUAAGAUUUCCAAACAACAUUGUCAAGGUGUUGGUAAAAGGUGCCGAUACCACAAUGUUUAGCAUUUUAGCUGGAGAUACUGAGAGGGAUGAUCAGAUAAGACAAGCAACUCAGAGUCAUUUGACUGAAUACUCAUCAGAAGGUCUCCGCACUCUUGUGGUUGCUGCAAGGGAUCUUACAGAUGCCGAACUUGAGCAGUGGCAAUGUAGAUAUGAAGAUGCAAGCACUUCUUUAAUUGACAGAGCUGCAAAACUACGUCAAACAGCAGCUCUAGUAGAAAGCAACUUAAAUUUGCUUGGUGCAACUGCAAUUGAGGAUAAGCUACAAGAUGGUGUACCAGAAGCCAUUGAGGCUCUUCAGCAAGCAGGAAUUAAAGUCUGGGUUCUGACUGGAGAUAAACAGGAAAGAGCAAUUUCUAUUGGUCUAUCUUGUAAACUUCUAACUGCAGAUAUGCAGCAAAUAAUUAUAAAUGGCAAUUCAGAGGAGGAAUGUAGAAAUCUUUUGUCUGAUGCAAAGAUUAGACAUGGUGUCCAAUCAGCAAACAGGAAAAAGGAAAAUGUGAAAAAGAAAAAGAACUCAGAAAAUGGAUAUUUUGAGAUACCUGAUGGUGCAAAAUCUUCCAAUGUGCUACAGUGGUGUGUUGGAAAGGAAGAACCAGCUGUACGUGCACCCCUGGCACUUAUAAUUGAUGGGAACAGUUUGGUCUAUAUUUUGGAGAAGGAUUUAGAAUCAGAGCUUUUCGACAUUGCAACUUCCUGUAGGGUAGUUCUAUGUUGUCGUGUUGCACCCUUGCAGAAAGCUGGAAUUGUCGAUCUUAUCAAGAGCUGCACUGAUGACAUGACACUAGCUGUUGGUGAUGGGGCUAAUGAUGUUUCUAUGAUCCAAAUGGCGGAUGUCGGUGUUGGAAUAUGUGGUCAGGAAGGACGGCAGGCAGUGAUGGCAUCAGAUUUUGCUAUGGGCCAGUUUCAGUUUCUCAAAAGAUUACUUUUGGUGCAUGGUCAUUGGAAUUAUCAGCGUGUUGGUUACUUAGUUCUGUACAACUUCUACCGCAAUGCUGUUUUUGUGUUGAUGCUAUUCUGGUACAUAUUAUUCACAGCCUUUGCAACGACUUCUGCAUUAACAGAUUGGAGUAGUGUAUUUUAUUCUGUUAUUUAUACAUCUGUCCCUACUAUUGUUGUUGGCAUUCUCGACAAGGACUUAAGUCAUAGGACACUCCUACAGUAUCCAAAACUUUAUGGUGCGGGGCAUGGACAUGAGGCCUAUAAUCUGCAACUCUUCUGGAUCACAAUGAUUGACACGCUAUGGCAGAGCCUUGUUCUGUUCUAUAUACCUCUCUUUACAUAUAAGGAGAGCUCAAUUGAUAUAUGGAGCAUGGGCAGUUUAUGGACAACAGUAGUUGUUGUUCUCAUUAAUAUAAACUUGGCGAUGGACAUUCAGCGUUGGGUAUUCAUUACUCAUGCUGCAGUUUGGGGAUCAAUAAUUAUUACAUAUUCCUGUAUGGUGGUAUUGGACUGUAUACCUAUCUUCCCAAAUUACUGGACAAUCUACCAUCUGGCAAAGUCACCCACCUAUUGGCUCACCAUUUUGCUUAUAACAAUUGUUGCUUUACUUCCCCGCUUUAUUUUCAAAGUUGUACAUCAGAUGCUUUGGCCUUCAGAUAUUCAAAUAGCCAGAGAAGCAGAGAUACUAAGAAAAGUGCCUUCUACUUUGAGGUCAAAGCCAGAUGAAGGUUCCAGUUAACAUGUACAUUACACCCUAUUUUGAGAUGGUUUCUGAAGUCUAUUCAUCAUAUUGCUGUCCUAUGGCAUGCAAUUAUGAGCUGCAAAAAGCUGAUUUGGCGCCAGCUUGUGAAGCAUGAUGACAGCACAGCAGAAUAAUAAUCAGAACGGGAAAGAGAGUUGGUCAAAGCCAAGGAGAGUGGCCUGGUGUAUACAGCAUGUCAUUUGGAUGAUUUUGGUCAGGAAGAAAAAAAGAAAUGGUGGAAAGUUGCCCAAAAGAGGGAUCUCGAAAAUUUGAGAUUUGGUGAGUAACAAAACUCCAACCAGAGUGUGUUAGGGCGUUUGACUAUCAGCAUUCAGCAAAGAAUGAGUCUAUUAAAAGAAAAAUAAUAGAAAAAAUAGUGGAAAACUGUACAGUAUAUAUAAAAUAGCUGUGUAAAAUCAGGUCAACUCUUUUUUAUCUUUUUGCCUUUUUUAUUUUUGCAAAUAGAAUGAGGUGUUGAGAACAAAUACAUGGUGUUGAUAUCAUCUUUUACAACUCCCAUUAAGCCUCAGCCAAGGUCAAGGGCUUCAACCUGAUGAUGCGCCUGGCUGCAUUUUAGUACAGUAUGUAUGAAGCAGAAGCUCGUGAAUGACCUAUCUGUUAAUAAUAGUAAGUAUAUACUUAGAAGUAGAGUAAUCAAGAUCAUUUCUCUUUGAUCAUUUUUUCUUCUUCAUUAAUCAUAUGAAGUUUCUGCUCCUUAAUCACGCAGGACAAGAAGUUGGAUUUGUCGUAAUGUCCGUUACAAACAAAAACAAAAUCGAGUUGCUCAAUUGUGAUGCUUACUAAUUGGUAUCC